CAUCGAGUUUCGCCUUGGCGGAAGUGACGUCAAGGCCAUGAUGCUGCGUAUCACAUGUAUCUGUCCGUAUUGCACAAGCUCUUGAAAACUGCUCCAGAAUUUGCCGGCUUUCUCCUCUCUCGGCAACAGAGGGGUACAGAACAUCCACUGGAGAAGUAGGGUGUUCUUUUGUCAACCCUUUUAUCAUUUCAACGGAGUAUUUCUGUCCGGAAAACGCGAAUUGAAAGGGAAAAUCUGCUGAUACCUUCGCGCCAAAACCGGGCGUGCGUGCUCCAGUCAGCCAGACGUUACCAAAAAAUUUGGUAAGUUCGGGGAUUGUAAAAUUCCAACAGACAUGUCGGGGGACUCAUCAGACCAAGCCGACAGGAAUGUCGAGAUAUGGAAGAUCAAGAAGCUUAUCAAGAGUCUGGAAGCCGCGCGAGGCAAUGGAACCAGCAUGAUCUCCCUCAUCAUCCCUCCAAAGGACCAAAUCUCACGAGUCUCCAAGAUGUUGGCUGAUGAAUUUGGCACAGCUUCUAACAUCAAGAGUCGGGUCAACAGGUUGUCUGUGCUAGCAGCAAUCACCUCUGUACAGCAAAGGCUCAAGCUGUAUUCAAAAGUGCCCCCAAAUGGCCUGGUGGUGUACUGUGGCACCAUAGUGACAGACGAAGGCAAAGAGAAGAAAGUCAACAUCGAUUUCGAGCCAUUCAAGCCCAUCAACACCUCUCUGUACCUCUGUGACAACAAAUUCCACACAGAAGCCUUGUCAGCACUGUUGACAGAUGACAACAAGUUUGGCUUCAUUGUGAUGGACGGUAAUGGGGCCCUGUUUGGUACACUAUGUGGCAACACCAGGGAGGUCUUGCACAAGUUCACAGUCGACUUACCAAAGAAACACGGCAGAGGAGGCCAGUCUGCGCUGCGUUUUGCCCGUCUGCGUAUGGAGAAGCGGCACAACUACGUGCGGAAGGUAGCCGAGGUGGCGACCCAGCUGUUCAUCACAAACGACAAACCAAACAUCACAGGACUGAUCCUAGCUGGGUCAGCAGACUUCAAAACAGAGCUCAGCCAAUCAGACAUGUUCGAUCAGCGACUUCAAGUCAAGGUGCUGAAGCUGGUUGAUGUGUCGUACGGAGGGGAAAACGGCUUCAACCAGGCCAUCGAGCUGUCUGCCGAGGUUCUGUCCAAUGUCAAGUUUAUACAGGAGAAAAAACUCAUAGGCAAAUAUUUUGACGAGAUCUCACAGGACACAGGGAAGUACUGUUUUGGAGUGGACGACACACUGAAAGCUCUAGAGAUGGGAGCUGUGGAGACCCUUAUUGUCUGGGAAAACUUGGACUAUACAAGAUACGUACUCAAGGACCAUCAAAAAGAUGAGGAGAAGCUCCUGUACUUGAGGCCAGAGCAGGAGAAGGACAAGACAUAUUUUACAGACAAAGAUACGGGAGUUGAGUUAGAAUUGAUGGAGUCUAUGCCUCUGCUAGAGUGGUUCGCCAACAACUACAAAAAGUUCGGUGCCACGCUGGAAAUCAUUACGGACCGAUCACAAGAGGGCUCACAGUUCUGUAAGGGGUUCGGUGGAAUAGGGGGUAUCCUGCGCUACCGUGUUGACUUCCAGGGGAUGGAAUACCAGGGCGAUGACUUUGACUUUGAUGACCUUGACGACUACUAGAUGUCAAAGGUCAAAGUGCAGUCCCACAUGCAUUGCUGUGCCUGACCUCUGAACCCAGGAAUAUGAAAUAUGCAUAAUUUGAGAGAUUUAAUUUUGUGCCUACAUGUAUCAAUAUUAACCUAGAGGGGACCUUGUAGGGACAUGUUGGGAUGUGGACAUUGUUGGAUUUGAGCCAAUUUUUCCUUUGGAUUGCAAAGAUAUUUCAUGAAAAAAAUCAUUGCAGCUGUCAACCCCAUACAUGUGCCUACCCCUUCCCCUCAGGUUUUAUAAUGACAGGUACAUGCUACAUUAUUAGUUGUCAAUGGGUCCCUCUCAGCUAAGUUCAAGUGAUAAUUUUUCAUUGAAAUUAUACAAUUUCCUGCCAAACUUAUUGUUACUAGUUAAACACUACAACAAUACACAUGUAGUCAUUGUCCACAAUGAUCUUGGUAGGUAGAAAAAAGUUUUUUUUUUCUAACAUAAGUCUCAGCGUCCUGUUUUAAAAGGCUCUACAUUGGAUCACUUUUCUGUAUAUACACUGUUGGUUAUCCUGGUCUUAUUUGACCUAAUUAGGAUGCAAUGUUGUUACACACAAUGUAGAAGGUUGUUUUAUCGUUAUUUGCUUACAUGAGGAGGGUAUGAGAACUUGAAAUUUAUUUCAGUUGGCAAAUCUGUUGGCUUAUUCAGAAAUGCAUAUCAGAUUCUUGUUGGGCCAGGAGAGGCCAUAAUUGAUCAAACAGAUACUCUCAUUGAUCGUUUGCAGCCAUGGUGCAGACAGGUACAGAUGUACAUGUAUGUAACAGCCCAUGUACCUGGUAUCUUUUGACCCUUGUGUAAAAAUAACACCUUCUGUGUUACACAUUUCUAACUUCUCUUCCAGACCGACAAUGUAUAUUUGCGAGGUCAGUAUUUUCUGUCCUGUUAAGGGAUUUUUACCCCAAACUGGCCAAGGUCAAUGUUGAAUACAAAGAUGCAUCAACAGGGUGUUGUGGAAUUUAAGUUUUCUAAUUCCACUUAACAGCAUAUAUUAGUAAGUUAUGUUAUGUGUCAUUUAUUAUACACUUCUAAGUAUGUAUUCUGGCAGAACCAAAGGAUGUUUUACGUAUUGAAGUAAGUAUAUCGUGACAUCACUUAUUUUUUAUCAUUUUGUUCAGCAUAGCAUCAUGAAUGUAAAGGCAAAACCAGUCAAAAUUUACCAUCUUAUACAUCUCUGAUGAUCAAGAAGGGUUCUGAGAGCUUAUACAGUUAUCUAGAUGUAUGUGUUCUACAUGUGCAGCCAUCGCCUUUAUUAUAUGGUUUUUCAGAAAAAGAAGGUUCUUUAAAGAAUAACUGCAGUGGGGGACUUGAAACACAAGAAUACCCUCACAGCUUUAUCAAAGCUUUACUUUGGCCAACUUCAUGACACCUCUGAACUUGUGCAAAAGAGGAUUUGGGACAUGCACACAGAAAGCAAACUCCGGUUUUCAACAUAUGCUGUUGACAUUCUGACAAUGCUCAUUUUGUGUAAGUAAAAUGGCAAUGGUGAUGUGAAAAGAGUGCAGCCCAGAGAAUAUUUGAAAGUAGUAUGAAGCAGUUUGCCUUAGAAAGAUGUCCCCUUAUUGUAGAUUGCUCCAAAGAUUAUUUUCCAGGCACACUUGUAUCAGGUGUGUUGUUUAUUAUUCAACAUAACGUUGAGAAAGCUUGUACAGUGUACCAUGAGCCAUGCCAAUCUCCUUUUGUUUGAUGGGUCUCUGGAAAAAAGUGAUUGAUGUAAAUAGCAGAACAGGCACACACAUUGUGUAAGUCCAAGUUUUGAAGAGGAAGAUUUGUAUAGCAGUGUUGGAUUGGAGCAUUGAGAAGUCACUAACACAGGCUGUAUAGACUUACCUCUAAAAGCCUGCAUGUGUAAGUUUCCAUGUAAUUUCAGUGGACACACUUCAAAGGAAUUUUGAUGUCCUGCCAUCAUUUCUAGUCUAGGACUAUAAUAUCAAAGAGUAAGACGAGAGGAAUAUGUCUGAACUAAAUCCCAUCAAACAGAUGAUGACAUUGGCGUGGCCUUAAGUGUUAAGGACAUCACUGCUGCUUCUUGUCAGAUAAAGUUUGAGUUGCUUAAAGAAUGUACCAGGGAAUGCUGAUGCCAGUUGUAAGGGUCAAAUAUGUUUCUUUUGUUGGUAUACUUAGGUAGCCUAUUGGUAUCUUUCUUUCCAAAUCUCCAGUUCCAAGUGUUUCCAAUCCACCCCUUCCCCACAUCUUCAUCAGUUCAUCUUAUUUGAAGACUUGUGUCUCUAAAUUAUACUAGUAGAUAACUUGCUGCUGUGUCUUCUCCAUUGUCCUAACAUGAAUAGAUGUGUACUGUAUUAUUUACAGCUGCAACCAUGCCAGAUAAAGAUCUCACAUUUUGAUAUGAAACAGGGAACAAUGUGAAAAAAAGAAUCAAUCUUGAGGUGGGUACUUUUGUAAGUAUCGCUGAAUCGCUUUUAUUGGUUUAGAAUGUAAUAAGUUUCAACUUGUUGUGAGAUAAGGCUUAUGUCUAAAAGUUACAUUUUUAAGUACUGUGACUGGAUAUGUGUCAUGAAGUUGUGAAUCAGGACAUGUUUUGUGACCCUGAUGAAUAUGAAGCACCUGAUUUAACUGUGCAACUCAAUUUUUGUAUGAUAAAAUACGGCACCUGCAAUCAUUGGAUUUCAAUGCUAGGGAGUAGUUCCCAAUGGCAGGUUGUUUCUAAUCACAUUUGUACGUUCUGUUGAGGGAAGGUACUCCACAUGAUGUUGAUUGGAGGAUGGUGACUGGCACGAUUUGGCCGUGACAUCUUGACAUGGGCAAGAAAUUUCUUAAAUGAUGGGAAAUAAAAGGAGUGUACACAAGUA